AUGCUGCGACCGAUGCCAGGCCGCCCAGGAGGUAUCUCCUCAACCCGCGUGGGAACCGAGGCUCUACUCCAGACUCAAUCCAGGUCAGUCAUAGGCAACGACCGCCGACUGAGGGCGGUGCGCUUCAGGGGGACAAUAGGACACCACGCCACUCUCUCUGCGCGCUCUGCCGGCCCCUCCCACACCUGUCCACACCGCGGGCCUCGUUCAUCUGCUCGAGUUCUCAGGUGA